GCGGGGACGCGCGGUGCCACUGCUCAAACGGGACGGGCUGAUGAUUUGCAGAAAGAGAGGGAAAGUUUAGUUAAACAGAUCCGUCUUUUGGCUUAGACAACAGUAUGGGAAUAGUAGGUUUGCGUGUUCUUUAGAAAAUAGGUUUGGAGAAGCAGUGACCGGGACUUUACGCACGCGUCUCUCUGGAUAACAGCACGCGCAGUGAUGGAGAUUUGGGGAUUUAGGAGUGUUGCGCUUUGGAUUUCAUUCCUGACGGGUUGGUCGAUGGCCAGUUACUCAGAAGAUCAGUGCAGCUGGAGAGGAAGUGGACUUUCUCAGGCGGUGAAGAAUGUGGAGCAGGUUUGGUUGAGGUGUGCGGAGGGCUCGGUGGAGUGGUUGUAUCCUGCUGGAGCUUUGCGUCUCACCCUGUCGCCCCGUCUGCCAUGGAGUGCCAUGGGGCCGGGCGAGUCCAGCAGGAGCCCGGUAUCAGUCUGCGUCAAGCCUGAUCCACACUGGGGUGGGGCUCAGCUGUAUCUGGAGCGCGAUGGAGUCCUGGAGCUUCUGGUGGGAGAUGAGACCUCCACCACACCCGGCCCAGCCCAUGUACGCUGCUUUAGUGCCCUGCCCGGAGAACGACCUGCACUGUUCCUGCAGGCCACACCGCACCGGGAUAUCAGCAGACGCAUCGCUGCCUUCCGCUACGAGCUGAGAGGGGAUUGGACGGCGCAGCCAUCAGUCAACACAGAUCCAGUCAGCAGCGAAGGAGCCUGCAGACCCUGCAAUAACACUGAGAUCCUGAUGGCCGUCUGCACUAGUGACUUUGUGGUUCGAGGAAACAUCCGCUCAGUGGGAACAGACUCGAAUCUAAAAGCAGCCGUGAUCAAAGUGAGUGCGACGCGGGUUUACCGGCAGAAGUUUGCGUUGUUCCCUGAAUCUGGGCGUCUGACGCGUUCAGGCGAGAUCCGUACCCCUCUACAAUGUGGCGUUCGUCCUGGUGCAGGCAGUUUCCUCUUCACCGGACGCGUGCAUUUCGGGGAGGCCUGGCUCGGCUGCGCUCCAAGAUAUAAAGACUUUCUGAAGGCGUACGAACAGGCCAAACAAUCCUUGAUGAUCCCCUGCACUCUGGUCAAUGACUGACGGAGGAAGAGAUAUCAGCAGAGCCAAACUUGACAGACCUUUGAUGAGGAUUCAGCGGGUUUGAGAAACUCCUGAACGGAACAGAGAAAAAGGAGAUGUUUAGAAGAUGCCAUGAGAGAUCGCUGGAUUUCACAGGACGGACAUUAGCGGAUCAUUGCGUGAUUGACCAGGUUUUCUCGCUGAAUGUGGGAUCCUAAACUGAGCCUCUUUUUAAACUCAGGAAAAUCUUUGGACUGAUUAUCGUAUCGCAUCCAAAGUCCUCGUGAUGUUGAGUUCGUGAAUAUAUAAGCUGUACGCGAUGCAUGUAGCGCUGAAAACAAAAAGCAGUAUUUGACGCCACCGAAAAACCUAUUGAUUUGUCUGUUUUUUUAUUGAGAGUAUAUAUUUUUUUCCAUUUUUAUAUAUAUACAUAUAUAUAAAAGAAAAAAAAUCACGUCUAUUUUCUAAAUUUGCACUGGUAAAAGGAGACGGCGAUGCCUGGAUGCUGCAAGCACUGAGAACCAAAACAGAUCUAUAUGUAGCGUAGCAAAAAAGAUGUUUUAUAUAAAACUUUUUGUCUAUAAAAAUCAGCUAUGGCGUAUAUGCUAACAUGCUAAGCUAACACGAAAUAAUGAAAAGCGAAAUCAUAGCUGUAGUAUAUUAAUGGCGUCCACAGAUAGCUGAAUACCUCAUGGUUAACGUCACUGCUAGUUUGCUUUGACGUUGCUUAUGUUAGCGAUGCUUGUGCUAGCCGAUUAGCUCACAAAGUAAGCAGGGCACUUUUUACUCAGACAAAUGAAAUUAUUUAAUCUUAAAAGUGCGUUCACACUGAUUACGAUUUCCAACUUAAUGUCAUUAAUAUUCAAAUCGAUCUCACGCAAAUUCGUAAAUUGUUUGAUUUCGUCGCUAAUUCGUUUAAAUUUGAAUCUGCUUCGUACAUUUUGGUUUGAUUUGCAUAUAGGGGAGGGGUUUUAUAAUAAUUGUACUAAUUAAAUUGUAUAAAUUCAUACAAGUUAGCCACUUUUCGAACAAUACGUAAAAACGUUACGUUUCUUCGUGAGAUUAGGCUGAAUAUUCUGUAAAUGACAAUUUUGAGUCUAAAGCUAGCAGUUUAACUUUAUUCAAAUGAGCAGUGGUGGAAUGACCAAUAAAAACGCGGAUAUUCUUAAAGUCUGAACCGGAAGCUGCAACCAUUUUUUUUUUCAGUAUUGUGACGCAGUUCCGAGAGAAACAUAAAAAUAAUUGAGAAAACAGUGGGUGGGGCUUGUUUUUGUCUACAGCGAGCUGAUUGGAUGUAGUAAAGUAGGCGUUUUAUUCAGAAAGAUCUUGGAAAGGGUUUCGGAAGAGUUAUUACAACCUAAGAGACUCCUCCUCCUUAGCAUUUCUGUUUGUUGUCUGACAGUUGAAGGGGCAUGGUUAUGUUAGCCACGCCCAAUAACUCAAACAGACCUAAUCUGAGAAUUUAACUUAAACAGCAAGUGCAUUUCAGACUUCAAUUUUAGAUUACAAGGGCAAACUUUAUUUUUUCUUAAUGUCAUGCACAGAUGAAUUGUUCACCACAAAACUAGCAAUGUGAGCUAGUUUUGAUUUCAUGUGGACUUUAAACUGGACUAGCGUGUUGUCAGUGUGAACGCACAGGGAAUUUUACAGGGUAUCCUCACAGAUCGGGAUUUUAUUUGUAGUAGAGAUGUACUUAUUAAAGAUAAUUUAACUCAUAAGCUGCCUCUCACACUGUGGAUUUGUGUACCAAAACGUUGCCUGCAAAACACUGUCCUCCAUAUUCUGUUCAUCUGCUAUCGCUUAUGUCUUUUUUUGUGUGUGCGUCAUUCACUGUCAGCGACGUUUGUGCACUAAACGAAAGAAACCAAACACAGAGAGCCAACCGUCCUGCCAUAUUUGAUGCUGCCUGUGUUUGUUAUUACUGUCAAAGUGUGUCUUUAAAAACCAAUGUGACUGCUGUGUGUAAAAUAAAUGUAUAUAUGUGUGUUUAUGUGGAUAUCCGUGUACAUAAGAUGCUUUAGAGUUUUAAAACUGGAUGAACAAAAUAUUCUGUUAACAUUGUAGAGUUUGUAUGAAAGUUUGGUUUGAAAAUAUACAAUUAUAAAGAAGAAAAAUCACUGA